AUGGACUUCUAUAUCGUCUACCGACAAACCAUACUCCAGAACGACACCGAGCUGGGCGGCUGGCUGGCCGCCACCCUCAAGCCGUUCACCUGCGGCUACCUGAACUACUUGAGCGUGGUGCUGCUCGCGCUGUGCGGCUACCUCUUCUUCGCGCUGCUGGCAUCCGCGCGGUCCGAUCGCUUCUACUCGAACGGCUUCAUCUUGGCGCUGGUGUUGAUCCCGUUCUGGCAAACGGUGUUGCUGCUUUUCCAUGAACUGCUUGGAGAUGUGCCGCUGUCGUAUCUUGGCAUCGGCUACCCGACCCAAUUCCUGGUGUGGCACCUGCUGGGUACGGUAUCGUUCGUGGCGGCACCCAUUUGCACCUUUCUGUACAUCUCCACCCAUAUGCUCGGCUUCAUCGACAAGAAGCCGUACAGCGGAGUGUUCGUCUACGUGCUAAUUGUCAUAUUUGCCGUGCUCCUCGCUGUGCUACUGUAUUGGGUGGAUAAUGCCACCGUAUUCCACGGGGUCUCCGCGCUGAUUACCGUACUACCGUUGCUGCUACACGUGGCUACGCUGGCGAUUGGGCUAAUGUUCUGCUUCGGCGCGUGCGCCGCCUCGUUCCGUAUCAGCAUGAAGAAGUACUACAAGCCGGCAGCGUUCGUCUGUGCCCUUGUUGCGUUCGCCGGCUACCGUAUCUUCAUCCACUCGCGCUUCGUACUCACCGUCAUCUACCAGCCCCUCACCAGCAAGGAGAUCAAGAACUUUGUGCUCGAUUGGCCGACGAUGCCGGCCUACGUGGUGCUGUUCGGCGUGUUAUUCCCCGGGUUUCUCGUCAUCCUGUGCAUGGCCUUUUUCGUGCCCUAUCGUAGCCCGCUGAAGGCGUUGAGGGGGCUGCUUUGCGGCAGAUAUCUACGGGGUCAUAGGCACUAUCCUAUCCAAAACGCGCGUGUGGCCAGCGGCGACAUCGUGCCGAUCGUCGUCAAGGAGGUCAUGCCGGACAAGAACAGUCUCUCGUCAUCCUCAUCUACCACAAUUACUACCCUAAAA